GGGGCUGCGGGCCUGGGGCCCUGGCAGAGACAAAGGGGCUUCAGCGGCCACCCGGAGGGGACCAGCUGCUGCGCUGUAAGCGUGCAUCUGGUGGAGUCUUUUUCUCCUUUGCAGACUGGCGAUCGGGCCAAGCGGGUUUGGCAGGAGGCUCGGGGAGGGGGAGAAGGGGUGCCGAAAGGGGGCGCGGGUCCGGGUCUAGGCAGCCCUGUGUCACGUGGUCGCCGCCGCCGCCUCAAAGUUGGGGCUGUUCUUCCGGGUUGGAGGCACAACGCCGCGGGCCAACCCCGGGUCUGCUAGCUCGGCGUGGCGUUUGCUCGCAGCCCGGGGUCGCCAUCUGUCCCGCCUGCCGGUCCAGUAAUCCACCUUCAAGGAAUUGGGGAUCCGAAACGUUGGGAGCAUAAAGCAGCAUGGCGCACCUACUGAAGACGGUGGUGGCUGGCUGUUCAUGUCCUUUCCUUAGCAACUUGGGGUCCUCUAAGGUUCUACCUGGGAAGAGAGACUUUGUACGAACGCUUCGUACUCACCAGGCACUGUGGUGUAAAUCCCCGGUAAAGCCAGGAAUUCCAUAUAAGCAGUUGACAGUUGGGGUCCCCAAGGAGAUUUUCCAAAACGAGAAGCGAGUUGCAUUGUCUCCUGCGGGGGUCCAGGCCCUGGUCAAGCAGGGCUUCAAUGUUGUCGUGGAAUCAGGCGCAGGCGAAGCUUCCAAGUUCCCAGAUGACCUCUACAGAGCAGCAGGGGCCCAGAUCCAAGGGAUGAAGGAAGUUCUGGCUUCUGAUCUGGUGGUCAAAGUGAGGGCCCCCAUGGUGAACCCGACGUUAGGCGCUCACGAAGCUGACUUUUUAAAGCCAUCAGGAACUCUAAUUAGCUUCAUCUACCCAGCCCAAAAUCCAGACUUGCUCAAUAAACUUUCUGAAAGAAAAACCACAGUUCUGGCGAUGGACCAGGUUCCAAGAGUGACAAUAGCUCAGGGCUAUGAUGCUCUCAGUUCCAUGGCCAACAUCUCUGGUUAUAAGGCUGUUGUUUUAGCAGCGAAUCAUUUUGGGAGGUUUUUCACUGGGCAGAUCACAGCUGCUGGAAAAGUUCCCCCUGCGAAGAUCCUGAUAGUUGGUGGUGGCGUUGCUGGGCUCGCUUCUGCGGGGGCAGCAAAGUCGAUGGGCGCAGUUGUCCGAGGAUUUGAUACAAGAGCUGCUGCUUUGGAACAGUUCAAAUCCCUUGGUGCUGAACCCUUGGAGGUUGACUUGAAGGAAUCUGGUGAGGGCCAAGGAGGAUACGCGAAAGAGAUGUCCAAAGAGUUCAUUGAAGCUGAAAUGAAGCUCUUUGCUCAACAGUGCAAGGAGGUGGACAUCCUUAUCAGCACAGCUCUGAUUCCAGGUGGUUUUCUGGUGACUCAGAGAAUGCUGGACAUGUUCAAGCGACCCACGGACCCUCCAGAGUAUAAUUAUCUGUAUCUGCUCCCUGGUGGCACCUUCGUAGGUGGAUAUUUAGCUGCUCUCUACGGUGGCUAUAACAUCGAAGAAAUCAUGUACCUGGGCUCAGGCUUGUGCUGUGUUGGGGCCCUGGGCGGCCUUUCCACUCAGGGAACAGCUCGACUCGGCAAUGCCUUGGGCAUGAUCGGGGUUGCAGGAGGCCUGGCAGCCACCCUUGGAGGCCUGAAGCCGGACCCGCAGCUGUUAGCUCAGAUGUCUGGAGCAAUGGCAAUGGGUGGCACCAUCGGCCUGACGAUCGCAAAGCGGAUCCAGAUUUCCGACUUGCCUCAGUUGGUCGCUGCUUUCCACAGUUUGGUGGGGCUGGCAGCAGUUCUUACCUGCAUGGCCGAGUACAUCGUAGAGUAUCCACAUUUUGCAAUGGAUGCCACGUCAAAUUUCACCAAGAUUGUGGCUUACCUUGGCACUUACAUCGGCGGAGUCACCUUUAGUGGGUCUCUUGUUGCCUACGGAAAAUUACAGGGUAUUUUGAAAUCAGCUCCUCUGCUGCUCCCUGGAAGGCACGCACUCAAUGCAGGCCUGCUGGCUGCUAGCGUGGGUGGGAUAAUCCCAUUUAUGGCUGACCCUAGCUUUACCACGGGCAUCACCUGUCUGGGCUCUGUGUCCGCACUCUCUACUCUCAUGGGUGUGACUUUGACGGCUGCUAUUGGUGGUGCUGACAUGCCUGUCGUCAUCACCGUGCUAAACAGCUACUCGGGCUGGGCUCUGUGUGCCGAGGGCUUCCUGCUCAACAACAACCUGCUGACCAUCGUGGGCGCGCUCAUCGGCUCCUCUGGUGCAAUCCUGUCGUACAUCAUGUGUGUGGCCAUGAACCGCUCCCUGGCUAAUGUCAUUCUUGGAGGCUAUGGCACAACGUCAACAGCUGGUGGAAAACCCAUGGAAAUUUCUGGCACACAUACAGAAAUCAACCUGGACAACGCAGUUGAGAUGAUCCGGGAAGCUAACAGCAUUGUUAUUACUCCAGGGUAUGGGCUCUGUGCUGCUAAAGCUCAGUACCCCAUUGCCGAUUUGGUGAAGAUGCUUACUGAACAAGGCAAAAAAGUCAGGUUUGGAAUCCACCCAGUUGCGGGCCGAAUGCCUGGUCAGCUUAAUGUGCUCCUGGCCGAGGCGGGAGUGCCCUAUGAUAUUGUGUUAGAAAUGGAUGAGAUCAACAGUGAUUUUCCAGACACCGACUUGGUUCUUGUCAUUGGAGCAAACGACACUGUGAAUUCAGCGGCUCAAGAAGACCCCAAUUCUAUAAUUGCAGGCAUGCCGGUCCUUGAGGUCUGGAAGUCCAAACAGGUCAUUGUCAUGAAGAGGUCCCUUGGCGUUGGCUACGCUGCCGUGGACAAUCCGAUCUUCUACAAACCUAACACAGCUAUGCUUCUGGGGGACGCCAAGAAGACAUGUGACGCUCUGCAGGCCAAAGUUCGGGAAUCCUAUCAGAAGUGAAGAUUGAAGAUCCAGCCGAUGCCUUCGGUUGCAGGAACAGAGAAAGGAGGCGUUCAUAGAUGAGCAAAGCUCUCAAGACCCAAAGAAGCCUCACAAAACAAUGGAGAUUUUCAAGAUCAGCACCCCAUGCUUCUCAAAAAGCAUUGGAAAUUCUCAUCGCCUACCUAUGUACUGUCGCCAUUGCCCAAAAAGCAAGAGUAUUUUGUCCACAGUGAAAAAGCAGCCUCACUUUAGAUGCAACCCCACUGGAUUCUUAAAAUUCCCUUUCAGUAGCUAGAAAUCAGUUCAGAAGUUGAAUGUUCGAGAUUUCAGGAUAUGGGUUGGUCUGAAAAAUAUUACACAAUAUGAUCAUUGUAGACACCUGCAUUUAGUGCCUUUUUUUCUUUUUUCUUUUCACCAGAUGUGACUAAUUUGAAACCUUUAUCAACUCCUGACCUGUUCUCUUGCAUCUUAGCCAUACUCCGGAUUGAUCAUGCCAAAUCUGCAGCAGGUUAUCAGCCUUCACUAUAGACUCUAGAUUCCAAAGAUCUAUUUUCUCACUUCUAUUUUAAUAUGUAAAAGGUCUAGAUAGUUUAAGUAAUAACUUAAACAUAAUAAGUUGUAUUUUUGAAAGUCCCAUUGCCAAUUGGUCUCUUUAACUGCAAUCAACUAAGUGUUCUUGAAUGGACUGUAUUAAGUGCGCUUGAAUGGAAUGCAACCAUCUGAGUAAUAAAUGAGUUCAUAAAAGUGA